CCUGUAUGGAAGCUGUAUUGCUUGGAGCGAGCGCAUUUGGUCUUGUGAUGGUUUACCUUGUUGGAAAUGUGGCGAUGGUGUUUCAUUGCGGCGAGAAGAUGGUUGUCAGAAUGUUUAAUUACAUUUCACGCGUUCCCUUACCUAAGGAAACCUUCAUCGAGUCCUUGUUCACUGCGAAAAUGAUGAAAACUGCUUGGAGAAUGAUUUCUCUCUAUAUUAAAUCAAAAGUGAAAAUUGGUGGAAAGAUUCCCGAUGUGCAGAUGAUCGAUGCAAAAACUAUGAGAAGAGUAAACCUUUGCGAUUUCAUGAGAAACGGAAGACCGCUGGUCUUGAAUUUCGGCAGCUCUAGCUGACCUCCGUUCAUGGCCGAUCUGCGAAGCUUUAUGAAAAUGUCGAGAAGAUACUCGAGCAUCGCGGAUUUUGCCAUCGUCUAUAUAGAAGAAAUACAUGCCGCUGACGGAUGGAAGUUUAAGGACAACGUCGUCAUCAAUCAACAUCGUUCUUUGGACGAACGCCUGCAAGCAGCCAAACUUAUGAGCAGCGAGGUCGACUUGGGCAACGUUCGCCUCUUCUUAGACACUAUGGACAACAAAGCGAACGAAACAUUCGCCGCCAUGCCAGAAAGGCUCUACGUGCUUCACAACGAUCGAGUAUCGUAUAUUGGAGGCCUGGGACCGUUGCUUUAUUGUGUGUCGGAAGUCGAGAAUUGGUUGCGAGCUUUUGCAAUGAGCAAAACGAAAAUGCCGGCUUUCACAAGGAAACCUAACCUUUCAAAGGGAAAAUUAAUUAAAAUCAACGUAAAAGGAAAAAGGAAGCGAAGCUGGUUGCCGACUGUGAGGAAGACUAAGCCUUUUAGACAAUGGUUUCAUAAGUCUGCAAUUGAAAAGCACGGAAUGUAGGGACGUAUGCUUAUGUGAACCAUAUACAUUCCCUUCGACACACUUUUACAGAAAAUAGCCCAUUAAAUACAACUUUCAAUAUCCAUUGAAGAUAUGAUAAAAAAGUUAUUAUCAAACACGUUCGUCAGAUGACUUAUUGCGCACGCGUAAAACAUGAAAAACAUUCAUACGUCAUAAGCGCAUGUACAGUGUAAAUACAUAUAUGUACAUACUUAUACAAUACAAACGUAUAAUAUAUUUCGACAUAUACUUAGAUUAUGCAAUAUUAUUUCGUAUAUAUUUCCACACGUAUUGUUCGCUUACAAAUAAUUUCAUAAAUUAUGACGGAUUUCGAGGGAAGCAUUCGACAGAAUGUCUUGAAAUCCCGAUGACAUUUUAAAAGCAUUUAUGUAAUUAAUUUGCAAGAAAACGAUGCAGUUGCAAAUGUAUUGAUAUUUGUAAAUAAUUUGUUGAGUAUUCUGUAUACAAAAUUAAACAUCGAUCAUUUAUAUUAA